AUGGUCCACAUCCGCAUCAACGAACGCGAGGCUAACCCGAACCCGCACGUCAAUUUCAUCUCCGUUCUGCCUAUGGUCGAUGCCACUCUCGAGGAUGAUGCUCGGCAACUUAUGCGGGCGCUGAGCGCCCAGGUGAAGCCUCUCAUGAAGGCUCACGGUUUCACCGUAAACAGCUUGGAAGAGUACGAGUAUAACAGAGUGUUCGCGGGACGGAACUGGAACAAUGGAGAGACGAUCGAACUGGUUUUGAAGUCUGCUAGCGGUUCAUUUGUACCAGUUCACUGGCUCUUGAGUACAUUGUGCCACGAACUCGCCCACAUAAAGCAUAUGAAUCACGGACCUGCUUUCCAAGCCCUCUGGCGGCAGCUACGCAAUGACGUCCGUGCCCUACAAAACAGGGGAUAUUAUGGUGAUGGCUAUUGGUCUUCCGGGACCAGAUUAGCAGAUUCCGCGAAAAUAGCCGGCCAAGGUAUUGAAACGGAAGACCUUCCUGAAUACAUGUGCAAACAGUGUGGUGGUGCUCACUCACGUGCCCGACCUGCCUCUUACCAACGACGUAAAAGAACUGCUAAAUUUAGUGGACCUUCUGUGCACACAGGUGCUCAAUCUGAAAAGAAACGCAAGGCCGGCUCCAGGAUUACCAACGCUAACGCAUUUGGCUCGAGUGGAAAGGCACUGAACGAUGGCAUCAUUGGCGAGAAGCCGGCACUGGAUUUAGGAAGAAAGCUGGAAGAACGUGCGCUUGCUGCCGAGAGACGUAUGGAGACGCACAAAAUCACAUCCGUCUCUUCAGCGUCAGCAUCCUCUUCGCGUUUGAAGAGUGAAAUUACAACAGGUUCAGAAUCUGAAUACGAGGCUGAACCACUAGAAACAGAUCAAGACCGUCGAAGAACCAUGCUCGAAUCCGUCGGCGGACAAGAGCUCGACGAAAUGAAAGCAGCCAGAUAUGAUUUUUCAGACGACUUUAGACUUCCUGGAGAAAUCGAAUUUGAUUCAUGCAACAUCCACAAAAUUGAACGUCCCGAUGCUGCUGUAUCGACAGAUGCGCAGCCCGGUUCAUCGACCCAGCCUGGCAAGCAUCGGCGUGUGGUAGACGAAGAGAUAUCUGUCGCUAAGAAAUCACGGAUUUCUAGUGCUUCCAGACCUGACAGGACAGAAGAUCAGCCGGAUGGCUGGAACUGUCUUGUGUGUACCUUAGCCAACGAGCCAGAACACCUAGCCUGUUCUGCCUGCAGCACCCUUAGGGGAUAUUCUCUCUGGGUGAACAGAGUUUCGUGA